GGAAAGCUAUAGACAUUAGCUAAUAUAAUAGAGAAGACAUGCAAGGUAUAUGUUGAUAAAGCAUAUCAAGUGGUCUAACAAAGGGAUUUAUAGUUAAAAUCAUCAUAAUCCCAAUAUAACGUAGGAACUCUGUACAUGUACUUCACAGGCCACAUAUGAUUACAUACAAAUGAUCUUGUUGUUAAAAGCGAGUACCACUGAGUCCUAAAACUUGCAGGGUUGCGAUGCAUAUUUCCAAGAGAAAAGAUAUUUCUUUUAAUUAUUUGAUUGAAUGUUUUGAUUUAAGUGAAUGGAUGGUUUGGUGUAUUGAUUUGAGUGAUGUUUUGAUUAGAUAUGAAUGGAUGGUUUGAUGAAUCUGGAAUGCAUGAAUUUCUUUAUGUUGCAUUAAGUGUUUGCUGUACUUAUUUAACUAAUAUGAAGUUUUAAUUUCAAAAGGAUGUCUCAGCUGUCAAGGAUGUCUUCAAUGGAAAGACGUAAGCUGAUUGUGGCGAUUAGCGCAUUUUGGAAUCUCAUUAUGAUAUGUGUCGACUUAGGGAUGGAAGUAAUGAAAUUAACAGUGAUAUUUCUUGUGAGUAAUAGACUUGGUAGACAGCCCUUAGAUGAUUACGAGAUGAAACACUAUGAUCGCCAACGAGUCAUUUACAAAUGUACCAAAAUGAGUGAUACUGAAAGCCAUAGGAAGAUCAGGAUGAACCGUACAUUAUUCACAAACUUGUGUGACCUUCUAGCUGCUGAAGGUGGUUUGAAAAGAACAAGAAACAUAGAAAUAGAUGAGAUGGUUCUCACGUUCCUCUUGACUAUUUCACAUAGUGACAAAAAUAGGAGUUAGCAGUAGAUUUACAUCGUUCCACAAGAACCAUAUAUCGCUCCUUUCACCGAUUCCACUAAUAAAAGAUGGAAGUAUUUUAAGGUUUGCCAACUAAAACCUGUUCAUACAAUCUUCCUUUUGGAGUAGCUUUUCAAAAUGUGUUGUUUUAACAUUUAUUUUUUCUUCAUUGUCAUAGAACUAUUCGGGAGCUCUUGAUGGGACCCAUAUAGAUGUUCGACCAUUCAAGGAAGAACGAACUAGGUAUCGAGAUAGGUCAGGCGAUCUCACUAUCAAUUGUUUGGGAGUUUGUUCUCCCGACUUAGAGUUUGUCUACUGUUUUGCUGGAUGGGAAGGGUCUACCCAUGAUGCAAGGGUCUUGGAUGAUGGCUUGAACAGGCCGAAUGGUCUUGUUGUGCUAGAAUGUAAUUGUAUUACAAUCAAUAAAACUAAUUCGUAUAUGUGUAAAACUUUAUUCAACUGUGUAGGAAAUCUAAUUCAUAAUGUUUUUUGGUUUAGGUUGUUAUUAUCUUUGUGAUUCUGGAUAUGCUAAUAGUCCUGGAUUUUUUACCCCAAUUUUGGGUCCAAGAUACCAUAUUGAUGAAAGAGGGGGGGGAUAUGCCGCAAACAGCCGAAGCAUACUAUAACUGGAGACAUGCUCAAGCUAGAAACGUAAUAGAAAGAAUCUUUGGAGUGUUAAAAAUAAGAUGGGCAAUCCUUAGGGAGUCAACUUGGUUUUCUGUACUUAUUGUAGCUCGAAUUGUGAUAGCUUGUUGCAUUCUGCACAAUUUCAUAAAGAAAGAAUAUGGAGUCGAUAUAUAUGAAAAACAUUUCGAGACCAAGACAUACAACAACAUGGAUCGAAUGAAGUUGAUAUGGUCGAAAUAUCCAACAGUCAACCAACUGAAGCUUGGAAUCAUUUUAGGACUGAUUUGGUCUCGGAGAUGUGGCAAACUCGAACUGCUAGAUUUCGAGCUUCUUCUUGAGUUUGAUUUGUUGUUGUUUGGUUGUUUGGCUAUUUUCAUUUAAUUUUGAGGACUUGUUUAGUUGUAAUGGUACUAGUUUUAUGCAGAAUGAACUUCAGUCUUAUCCCAAUGAACUUCAGUUUAUACAGAAUGGUUCUGCCAGCACUUCAGUUUUAUGCAGAGUGAUUCUAUCAUGAAACUAUAGUCUUAGUUGUUAGAAUGUGACUAGAAGUACUGCUACUGUGUUAUCAUUUUGAGUAUCAGGAUAGGAAUAUGUGAUGGGAGUUCAAAUAUCAUUUGAGAGUGAUUUGUAAAUCUAGUUGUGCGGCAGAAUUUUUUGAUGAUAUCUCUCAGUUUUAAAUGAUAAAAAGCAACCCAAAUAGGUGUGAACAUAAAUGUAGAGAACUUGUAAAUGAUGUAAAGCGCAUACGUGGAAAGCAGGCAGAAUCAAGAUUUUGAUCGUAAAAUCGUAUGAUUUUAGGAUUUUACUAAGGGAUUCUGAUCCUGAUUUUACUAUAAGAUCGAUGGACCUUAAAAUCGUUUCAAAUUGGGAUUAAAAUCGUACCAAAAUUGGGAUUAAAAUUAUACGAGAAUAAAAUGGGCGGUUUGAGCGAAUUAAAACAAAAAAUGGAAUUGCUUUGGCGGAAAGGACAAUGAUGGGGAUCUUCUAAUAUAUUUUUCCUAUUAAAAACAUUUGAAAAGAAAAAGUAACCAAAUCAAGGUUCGGUCAAUCCCUUUCCCUUCGACCUGCUGAGCUCAUCGGUAAAAUAGUUUUCCUAAUAUUGUACGUAUGGAAGAAUUAACAUCAUUAUUAACUAAUCAAUUGAUUAAUGAAUAUAUUUGUACCUAGCUACUAGCAUUAAUUAUUCUAUUGGAGUUCAUAUAUGCUUAGUUUUAAAUCAUGAUUAGCAUACGACGUUGAAAUUAACCGAACCAGAGUACUGCUUUGAGUUAAACUAACUAGACACAAAAUGAAAAACAAGAGUCAAGUCCCAUGAGCUCUAUAUUUUCAUCGUCAAUUAUUAUGAGUUACGCAUUAAAUGACCAUUAAAAUG